GCAUUCUGCAGACCUGAUGAAUGAAAGCAGCCUCCUCCUUUGCAGGCUUCCCCAGAAACAUCUACCUCCUGAAUCACGAAGAUUUAUGUAUGCCAUGAGCCCAGCCUGGGAAUCCUCUGAGCCGAGCUCAGCAAGGAUGCCUGAAAUGUGGUCGUGGCAAGUCUUUCCUCGUCAUCUGCAGUUAGCCCCGAGUUUCAUAAACCUCCUGAAAGCAGUCUGAAUGCCAGAAUGGAUAACCGUUUUGCUACAGCAUUUGUAAUUGCUUGUGUGCUUAGCCUCAUUUCCACCAUCUACAUGGCAGCCUCGAUUGGCACAGACUUCUGGUAUGAAUAUCGAAGUCCAGUUCAAGAAAAUUCCAGUGAUUUGGCCAAAAGCAUCUGGACCGACUUUGAGAGUGAUGAGGCAGAUGAAAAGACUUAUAAUGAUGCGCUUUUCCGAUUUAAUGGCACAGUGGGAUUGUGGAGACGGUGUAUCACUAUACCUCCAAACACAUAUUGGUAUAGCCCACCAGAAAGGACAGAGUCAUUUGAUGUCACAAAAUGCAUGAGUUUCACACUAAAUGAGCAGUUCAUGGAGAAAUUUGUUGAUCCUGGAAACCACAAUAGUGGAAUUGAUCUGCUUCGGACCUAUCUUUGGCGUUGCCAGUUCCUCUUACCUUUUGUCAGUCUGGGUUUGAUGUGCUUUGGAGCCGUAAUUGGACUUUGUGCUUGCAUCUGCCGGAGUUUGUAUCCCACCAUUGCCACAGGCAUUCUGCAUCUCCUUGCAGGGCUGUGCACACUGGGCUCAGUGAGUUGUUAUGUUGCUGGGAUUGAACUACUCCACCAGAAACUAGAACUACCUGAGAACGUGUCUGGUGAAUUUGGAUGGUCCUUCUGCCUGGCGUGUGUCUCAGCUCCCCUACAGUUCAUGGCUUCUGCCCUCUUCAUCUGGGCUGCUCACACCAAUCGGAAAGAGUACACCUUAAUGAAGGCCUAUCGUGUGGCAUGAGUGGGAAGUUGCCUGCUUUGCAAUUGCCAUUUUUAUUAUGUUUUUAAUAUUAAUAUUUUCUCUUGUCUCCCCUCCCGUUGUUUUUAAUUUAAUUUUUUUGAGUGGAUCUACCAUUUUAUCCUGAAAAUCUAUUUUAUUUAUUCACACAGACAAUUGUUUCUUAAUACCACUAAAAUGUAUAUGGAUUAUUCUGAAUGAUUCCAUCUUUUAAACAAACCAAUGUGGGUUCAGAGUCCAGAGAGCAAGAAGUGGGUAGACGGUUGGCACAAAUUUCUGAAAGAAAAUUGAUAGUGGGAGAUUGACCCAAAGCAAGUCCUACUGAUGUCGGUUAGACUUUUCAGUAAAUAGCUAGCUGUUCAACUAGAAACCCUUUAGUGUCUCUGGGAAACCUUUCAUUGUCAAAACUUAAUGGUCACUGUGCUGUUGUAGAUAGCCAGUCAGCCAGAAGUAUUAGUGCUAUUUUCAGACUUAAGCUAUAUAAAAUAAGGAGAUUAGCUAAGAGCCUUUUCCCCAAAUAUUGGCAUAUAGCUUUAUUCAAGGUGAAGUAUGGCAGCUGUUUAUCUAUACUGUGUUUGUCUACAAGAAAGGAAGUGAAAAAUACAGUGUUUACUUGAAACUUUAACUUCGUAACUGCAGGAAUUCCAAUUCAGCCAGACAAGAGGAUUAACCUUAUUUUUUACUUUACCUUUUUUUGUAUUUUUUUUUUUUAACUCUCCUUAGUAUGUCAAUAGGAUUUUCAGUACCACCAAACCAUUUUGGAUUUUUGCUCCUUGCCUCUUCACACAUCAGGCUUAAGAGUGCUUUCUUUCUAACAGUACUUUGGGGUCAUAGAGUAAAAUUCUCCAACUGCUGUCUAUGUAUUCCAGCUCAGUACCAUAAAGAAGGUUCCACCGUAAUGACCCUCCGGAGCUAGGAAAACUACCACAAGACCUAAAGCUUUGGCUAGUCAUUAACUUCCAACUAUGGUCUUUAUUUCUUGUGGUGAAAUGAUGUGCCUUUCCUUGCCUAAAUCCCUUCCUGGUGUGUAUCAACAUUAUUUAACAUCUUCUAAUUCAGUCAUUUUUUUAUAAAUAUGUCUAUAUAUAAACAUUGAACUUUAAAAAAAAUCUUAUUUACUUAUUCCAUUACUGUAGCACUUGACAGAUUUUAAAAAAUGUAACUUAGUAAUUUCUUACAAUAUCCUAAAUCUGUCUUUUUUAAAAAAUAAAAAAUGAGAAGAAACUCAA